AUGAAAAAAGAAAAAUCUCGACAAGCUCGUGAUGAAUUCAUAUCAAAUCGUCUUUUGCCUGGAGUUUAUUUUGCAUUUAUAACAGCUUGUGGCGUAUUAGGUGGUUUUGGUUUCGCACUCGGUCGAACGAAGAAACGUGAAACGUCAACGAAAUUAACACAACAAGAGAAUGCAACAAAACUAUUCAAUGACGGACAGCGGUUAGCUGUUCGAGCUCUGCGUCGUGCUUCGAUUUAUAGUCUAACUGGUGUUUUUUCUUUGUCUUGUUUGCUUUGGUUGGCUAGCGGCCGACCGAAAUCGUUUGUCGAGUUUCGACAGCGGGUUGGCUCAUGGCUACCGUCGAUCAAAAGUAGAAAGUCCAAAGAAGAAGAAGGACGAACUGAGUUCAAGAAUUUGACUGAACUCAUGCAGUAUAUUGCUGAAGAAGAUGAAAAACUAAAGAAUAAAAAACGUGAACUAGCAUCGAAUGUUAAAGAUAUUUAG